AUGACAGCAGCUAGUCUCGUGUCGUCGACGCUUUGUUUCGGAUGUAAGGUGAACCAGUACCGUCACCAGUCUAAAGCACUCGGUGGCUUAGAGGCCGUUUUCUCUGUGAUCACUCCGCCGGAGGUCGACGUGGAGCAAUCGAAACCGACGCCUGUCGUCUACUACCUAAGCGGCUUAACGUGUACCGACCAGAACUUUAUUCAAAAAGCUGGCGCUUGUCGAGCAGCUGCUCGACUUAACUUAAUUAUCGUUGCACCGGACACAAGUCCGCGAGGCGCUGGCAUCCCCGGCGAGGACGACAGCUACGAUUUUGGCACGGGCGCUGGCUUCUACCUCAAUGCAACAGAGGAGCCCUAUCGUUCGCAUUAUCGAAUGUACGCUUACGUGGUUGAAGAACUCCCCGAAGUUGUUCGGGAGUUGUUCCCGUCUCCGACAGGGCAGCGACUCUGCUCGAUAACCGGGCACUCUAUGGGCGGGCACGGUGCGCUGGUUUGUGCACUGCGGAACCCUGGCAAGUAUCGCUCUGUCUCUGCGUUUGCACCUAUCGCUCAUCCAACUGCCUGUCCAUGGGGUCAGAAGGCGUUUCGUGGGUAUCUGGGUUCCGUGGAAGCCGGCAGAGUGUACGAUGCGACGUGCCUCGUGCAGGAUGCUUCGAUCGUGAAGGCAUGCAACCUGGAUGAUAUUCUAAUCGACCAGGGGACCGCGGAUCAGUUCUGGCGAGAAGGACAGCUUCGAGCUGACGACUUUGUCUCAGCUGCGAGGGAUGCUGGCCAAAAAGUAACCCUGCGAAUGCAAGAGGGUUACGAUCAUAGCUAUUUCUUCGUGUCAACAUUUAUUGAUGAUCAUCUUGAAUUCCAUGCGGCACGCCUGCGGCGGCUCUGA